GUAAACUUUGCCAUCCUCCCAGCGGACGACAGGAGUUUUUUUAAAGGGCUUGCCAGAAAAGUUCUGUUCCAAUGGCAGACAACACUGUGAUUGAGGAGUCAGAUUACUACCCUGGGAAAGAUGAGUUGGACUGGGGAUAUGAGGAAGGAGUGGAAUGGGGACUUCUGUUUCCUGAGGCGAAUGGAGAGUAUCAGUCCCCCAUAAACCUGAACUCCAGAGAGGCACAAUACGACCCCAAACUCUUGGACGUGGGCCUGACUCCUAACUAUGUGGUUUGCAGGGACUGUGAGGUCAUAAACGACGGCCACACUGUAAGGAUCAUGUUAAAGUCGAAAUCAGUGGUGACUGGAGGCCCACUCCCCAGUGACCAUGAGUAUGAGUUGCACGAGGUACGUUUUCACUGGGGGAAAGAAAACCAACGAGGCUCCGAACACACCGUCAACUUCAAGGCCUUCCCCAUGGAGCUCCACCUGAUCCACUGGAACACCACACUUUUCAACUGCCUAGAGGACGCAAUGGGCAAGAAAAAUGGCAUUCUCAUCAUUGCUCUAUUUGUACAGAUAGGGAAGGAACAUCUGGGGCUGAAAGCAAUAACAGAGGUCCUCCAGGACUUGCAGUACAAGGGGAAGACAAAAAUAAUUCCAUGCUUUAAUCCCAAUACAUUACUGCCAGAUCCUCUGCUUAGAGACUACUGGGUAUAUGAAGGCUCUCUAACCACACCACCAUGCAGUGAGAAUGUCACCUGGAUCUUAUAUCGCUAUCCACUAACCAUCUCUCAGUUCCAGAUAGAGGAAUUUCGGAGGCUCAGGUCGCAUGUGAAAGGAGCUGAGCUGCCCGAGGGCAACGAUGGGAUGUUAGGAGACAACUUUCGACCCACUCAGCCCCUGAGUGACAGGAUGGUCAGGGCCGCUUUCCAGUAAUGCCUCCACAGCAGAACCCACAGUACUAUUGUCCAAGGAGAUUGAGUGAUUCGAUUGGGAGUAGGAGUAAGGAGGAGAAUGGCUCCACCAUCCCACUUGAUGUGAAAAUGGAUCUCUUGCACUAGACCUAGCUGAAGCCCAGGUUUGCAGUCUGAAGUCAGUAAUGUGGCAUUAACUGUAAACACAUGCAUCUGGUUUCAUUUUUGAUCUG